AAUCAGCCACAGGGAGGCAGGAUGCAGGAUCACAGCCUCUGAAGUCUGGAACCGAAUCCACCGUUUCAGCCAUUUUCUUCUUCUUCUGGUUCUGGUGCAGGUGCAGCCUCUCUCUCUAUUCUCUCCCACCAAAAUUUCCCUCCCAGGUGCCGUAUGUAUAUCUACAGUAAAAUUAGCCAGCAGCAUGCAGCCAUGAUCCUCCCUCAUCUCCCUCGUCCUCAUCAACCCUCAUAAUAAUGAACACCCCCGGCUUUAACGCUAAAAUGCGCUGUCCUCUCUAUCUCCCCUCUCCUCUUACCCUUCUUCGCUUUUCACUUCCUUUUCUCCAUCCUCCUCUUCUUCUAACAUUCCUUUAGAGUUUCUUUCGCUCUCCUCCCUCAAUUCCCCAAUUUGUUGGUGCCUCCACAAUCCAUGGCGACGAGGGUUUGGCAUACAGGGUUCGUCCUUUUACUGCUAUUCGGGAGGCUAACCUGCUCUGAGCCCGUUAGAGUUUCGUCGUCUGAGGUCUGUCCCGUGCCGUCCGUGGCGGAUUCGAUCUUGCGCUCUCCAGAUUUAUGUGCACAUUCCAAUUGGCUGUCGAAUGGCGAUUCUGAUGGAGAUCUAGUCGGUGUUACGGAGGGGGAUGAGGUUUCAUUACAGAGAGCACUGAAUCUGGUUCACAAGAACAGUAAUGAAUAUGUAUCUUUGUUCUUCUAUGCAUCUUGGUGCCCAUUUUCUAGAGCUUGCAGACCUACCUUCACAAUUCUGUCUUCCAUGUAUCCUUCCAUUCCCCAUUUUGCUGUUGAAGAAUCUUCAAUCAGGCCUAGCAUACUCUCAAGGUAUGGAGUUCAUGGAUUCCCGACCCUCUUCCUCCUGAAUUCCACCAUGCGGGUGCGGUAUCAUGGUUCCCGGACUAUCAAUUCUCUUGUUGCUUUCUACAUUGAUGUUACAGGCAUUAAGCCAGCAUCACUGGAUAGAAUGUCCUUGGAGAAAAUGGGAAACCCAUCAAAUCUUGCACAUCUGGAGGACUCUGAAAAGGAAAACUGCCCAUUCUCAUGGGCAAGAUCCCCGGAAAAUUUGCUUAGGCAGGAGACAUAUUUGGCAUUGGCUACCACAUUUGUACUUCUGAGGUUACUUCACUUCUUUCUCCCAACACUGCUGGCAUGUGUUCGGUGUGCUUGGAGAAGGCACAUUCAAAAUGCAAGCUUGGUGAGCUUAUGGAAGUAUCCCUUGACGUACCUCAAUCAAGCAAUUCAAGUAUUCAAUGUGCUGAAGGUGCCUUGUAAGAGGAGCAAUUUGCAGGAAGGAGCAAUGAGUGCCAGGGCAUGGGCAUCCAAGUCAUUGGCCUCUGUUUCCAUUGGUGAUGCAAGCUCUAGCAGGACAUAUUCGGGAAAUGAAAGGUGUUGAGCGUGCCUUACUUGUCCAUGGCAUAGUUGACAUUUCUACUAUUGUAUUUCUCUGCUCGUCUGCAGUGGUUGUGAAGCUCAUCUGGUUUGAAGAUGAAGAUCGAGGGGCUUGAAUUGGGGUUGGGUGUUCAGCCGUACAUCUUUGUUGAAGAUGAAGGUUCUUCCAUUUGACCAUUGUAGUGACCUUUCCUCGCAUCUGUUUAUAUCAUGAUAUCAUGAAAAUUGUKCUUAUGAAUAGGUUAUAUUGAAUAUUCUGUUGCUUGGUCUA